AUAAUAAUUCAUAGUAAAUAUUCUUUUUUUUUUUUAUUUAAAUUUUUAAAUAAUUGUUCCCUUUAUAUAUCAUAAAUAAAUUCAUUUUAAAUAUAUAUUGUCUAAAGAUUAAUUUAUAUCUAUAAAAAAAAUAAAAAAAUAAAAAAAAUAAAAAUGAUAAAAAAUAAUAUUAAUUUUUUAAGUAAAGUUUUAAAAUCAAAUAAUAAUAAUAACCUCCAAAUUAUAAAUUAUUCAACAACUUCAAAAAAUAAAAAUAAAUUUUCAUCAUCUUCAAAUAAUAAUAAUGACACAGUAAAAAAUGUUAAAGUAAAUAGUUCAUUUUAUUAUAAUUACAAUAAAAAUGGCGAGAUUAAACAAGGUGGAUAUGUAAAGAAAUCAUUAUAUGACUAUGAUCCCCUUGCCAAAACACCGGCUAUUAAAAACUCAACCGAAUAUUUUGCUUUUGGCGAUACCCCAGUAGGAGAAAUUAUUAAAUCAAAACAUGAAAAAAAUAUUAUCUUUAUAAAAGAGAAUGACACAAUUUAUCAAGCAAUUAAAGAAAUGGAUAAACAUGGCAUUGGUGCACUAUUGGUAACAUCGGAAAAGGAUGGCUCUUUAAUUGGUAUUUUCACCGAACGUGACUAUCUCGGCAAAGUAGCUCUAUUAGAUAAAGACUCCAAAACCACCAAGGUAUCAGAGGCAAUGACUCGUAAUGUAACUACAAUUUGCGAAAAAACAGGUGUCGUUGAAGCCAUGCAUCUC